AUGAAGGACGGUGGAUCUACAAUGCCAAAUCAUCACCAUGGUAAUAACCGGCAAAAGUCCCAAUUCGUCAGAGACUUGACAACAUAUCAGACUUGGUAUGACUCCGUAUUAAAAGAUCUUCAUAGCAAAAACGAUACAUACAACCACAGUAAAACCUCAGCUGAUGGUUUUGCAGACCAGCUUGAUGAUAUACUGAAAAGGAGAGAGGUUACAAAACAACAGUUGAAACAACUCCUCGGGAUUGGACAUGAUAUAGAUGAGAUCAAAGAAUUCCGACUAUCUAACAGACGAAUUAAAAGAGACACAAUAGGUGCUGUACAGUCCAGAACUGAAUAUUGCCAUCAACGCGGAAGUCCAACCGGAACUGGAUACCUGCACAUGUGUUCCGAAUGUGCAAUGACGACGCAAUUUCCGGAAGACAUGUUUCCACGUUACACAAACGAAAUAACGUGUGAUGAGUCAGACUGUGACUGCUUCCAAGUGCAAAAUACAGCACAUGGUAAGUGUCGGCCAAUAGUGAAAAAUAUCCAAAUGUUGAAACGGAGGACAGAUGGAUGUCGAAUGGUGAUUAAGAACGGACAAAAUGUAGUUGUGGAUGACUGGGAAAUUUAUGAACAACCCUUGCACGUCGGUUGUGAAUGCAUGUUCAAGAAAAACUCACUCUUCGCGCGCUUCAUACCAAAGCACUAACUGUCUUGCACUUUGGUUGUAGUACAUUUGUAACAUAUUUGGCAGUAAGAUAAAUAUACCUGAGUCUAUUGCUGUUGCGAGUGGACACUCCUUUUGGCAUGAUGGAAACGUCUUGCCUCAACGGUCGUCAAGUUUUAAAGGACCAUCUGGCUAAAGUGAAUCUUUGCUAUCAUCAAUAUUUUAAAAUGUGUAACCUUAUGAACAUUUUGAUCCAUUAUUCAUCACUACUACAUUUCCGAAAUUAAUUCUAUAUGUUUUAAAAAGAAUUUCAAAAUGUGUAUGUGGCAUAUCAAUUGAAAGUCUCUAAAUGGAGUAAAUAUUAUGAUUUGAAUUUCAUGCAGACUUUGCAAUUUCUCAAAUAUCUGUCUGUGGUUUCAACAAUAUUAAGUAACAUUUUUGUUAUCACAGUAUUUCUGUUUUAAAUAAAAUAAGUAUAGAAGAUAACUGUUCUUGAAGGAAACAAAACAGAAAUCGCUAAGUUUGUCAAUUUCAUUUUUUAAACUGUAUUGGUCAUCUAAAGCUUCAGUAAAUUCUUAAAUUGGCACAGAUGGUCCUUUGGUCAUAGCAGGUUGCUUGAUCAAAGUUUGUGAUUUUUCAAUCUAACAUAUAUAUGUUAUGCUGUGAGACAAUCAGUUUUAAACUGAGAUGUCAUGUACAUACUUCUUACAGUUUGAAACUUGCUUAUUUAUUUUUGACCUGUAAUACGGUCGUUAAAUUUGUGGUGCAUUUUUGUUUGUAAAUAUAAUCACGACAUUUACUUGGCAUUGUAUAGUUGCAUAAUUUGGUAUGUGCAAUAGUGUAUAUCGUAUAUAUAGUAUGAUCCAUGUCGACGAGGUUUUGUUAGAGAAUUUGUUUACAAAAUCUAGUAUUAUUGUGUAAAAUAAUUCGGCUUUUACAUUUUUUUAAAAUAUUUUUUCUUUGCGCAUUUGAAUUAAUGCUAGUAUUUCACUUUAUGAAUUAUGAUACAAUAUAGAAUUGUUCUUAACGCCAUUGGAAAAACAAGUUUAUAAACUGUGUAUCAAUGCUUUAUGUAGGACCUACUCAGAUGUUCAAAAUGAAUCUUGAACUGUAUAUAAUAAGUCACACAAUCUUCCACUUUUUGAUUAUAACUGUGUCAGAUGGGGUGGUACAUCUACCUACAACAAAGACAGCUUGUCUAAACUUCAACAAUGUGCGGCUAGGAUAAUUAUUAAAAGUGACAGUAUCAUAUUCUCAGCGAAGUAAAAACAUGUUUUAACUCAGUAUGAACUGCAUUGAAAGUUAAUUAUUUAUCCAACAUACGUUUCCAUAUUUGCUAGUAAAGGCUCCGGGUGUAAAAUUGUAAACAAGCCUCAUUUGGAUGGCAUGUAUUAUGUUUGAAGUAAUAAAUUAUGACAUCAAUUUGAGCCUCUCUGUGCAGCUCGUCUGGGUGAACCAUGUAAGGCAUUAAUAUCCAGCGCUAGGUGUAGGAUAACCCAAAGGAGAGGGUGCUGUUUUGCCUAUUCCUUUCCAUAUUUCCUGAUUUGUGCAUACAAUUCUUAAUAACUACCAUCAUCCUUAAUACCAUCCACAUUUUGUUUGCAUUUGUACACCUUACAUUCUUCUCAUUCGUGAGUUCUCACACAUUGUAAAUUCCAUAAAAGUAUCAUUUUAAUUGCAUUUUAAAAUAGUGUAUUCAUUAUAAUUUACACAAUUUCUAUCGUUUGUUCCUCAGUAAAUUAUACUUUAUGGUGUUGUUUUCUAAUUCGCAUACAAAAUCCUGUCACAACAUACUUUUCUCUUUGUUUUCUUCAUUUUUUCUUCUUUUUUGUCUUAUCACUAAGUGUUAUUGUCUUUGUAGUGUUGACAUUUUUAUAUAAUUUGUUAUGUUUUCUUUCGUCUAUUUCUGUAAUAAUAAAUAAUUAAUUUACACUAUUGCUGCGUUUUAAAUGUAAUCCAACGUUUUCCUGUACAUUUCUCAUAUAGGAGUUUUUAGGGUUUUGGUGCGCGGAUUACAAAUAACAUUAUUCUUGAACAACAUGUAUAUACUUUUAGCUCUGAUGUUGCCUAGAAAUUGAAUUCCCUUUAUACUACUACAUGAUGUUUUUUGCCAUUUUGCCAUUAAGGAUUAGUUUGUUCAAAAUACGUUAAUUUAAUUCAUGUUCUAGGUUACAUGCUAAGAACAGAAUUUUAGAGGACCGUAUGUUAGACUGGCUAUAGCCAAUUGUGUUAUCCUUGUUAGAUAAAGUUAUUCUAUUAUUGUUAUUAUUAAAAUGCA